GUAAAAACACCCAGAGAGUGGUGGGUGCGUCGAGGCUCAUUGAAAGGCGAAAUAGCAAAAUAUCUCAAAUCUGAAGAGGAAACAAAAAACAACAGUAAUUUACCAACGUCUACAUACUGGAAUAUUUUUUUUAUUUUAACACACUUAAUGUGAAGAAAGUAUUUAUAUCUACAUUUUUAUAUUUGCACUAGUUAACGGUACUUCAACUACUGAGAAUCCUUAUUUUUUAACCCGAGAAAACAGGAUCACUCAUCUGUGGAAGGACACAUUUCCUCUGCAACCAGCACUUUGUUUUUUGAAUUUGUCACUCAAACCUCACUGUCAUUCACCUGGGUCAAACCAAACCUUUUUCCCAGUGAGAGGCUUGAAGAACAUCAAAAUUCAACUAUCCAACGGAAAUACUUUAAAGAAAAUAUUGCUUGCACCGGGGCAGUUCAGCAGCUAUGCAGCUUGAGAUCCAAGUAGCACUCAAUUUUAUAAUUUCUUAUUUGUACAACAAGCUGCCACGAAGACGUGUCAACAUUUUCGGGGAAGAGCUUGAGAGGCAGCUGAAGCAGAAAUACGAAGGACACUGGUAUCCAGACAAGCCAUACAAAGGCUCUGGAUUCAGAUGCAUACACGUGGGGGAAAAAGUGGAUCCAGUUGUGGAACAAGCGGCCAAAGAGAGCGGGUUGGACAUUGACGACGUCCGUAAUAACCUGCCUCAGGACCUGAGCGUUUGGAUCGACCCGUUCGAGGUUUCAUAUCAGAUAGGCGAGAAGGGACCCGUCAAAGUGCUGUAUGUGGACGAUAGCACUGACAGUGGCCUGGAGUUGGACAAAGAGAUCAAAAACAGUUUUAACCCUGAAGCCCAGGUGUUUAUGCCAAUCAACGAGCCUGUCGGACAUUCGCCCACGUCCAGUUCUCCCUCUCCACCUUUCGGCCAGUCUGCUGCAGUAAGUCCCACCUUUAUGCCCCGUUCCACCCAGCCUUUAACCUUCACCACUGCCACCUUCGCAGCCACUAAGUUUGGCUCUACCAAAAUGAAAAGCAGCGGCAGGAACAACAGCAAGGUGGCACGCACUUCCCCCACCAAUCUCAGCCUGAAUGUAAACAACCUCUUGAAGCAGAAAGCCAUCUCCACGUCAAUGCAUUCUCUCUACGCCCUGGGACAGGGAAGCCAGCAGCCCAAGCCUUCUGCUCUCUCACCCAACGCCAAGGAGUUUGUGUUCCCCAACCUCCAGGGACAGAGCAGCAGCCCAAGUGCAAUGUUCCCAGGGGACAGCUCCGUCAGCCUGAGUCCUCUCCAGUACAAUAAUGCCUUUGACGUGUUCGCGGCCUAUGGAGGCCUGAAUGAGAAGUCAUUGAUGGAUGGUUUGAAUUUCAGCUUGAGCAACAUGCAGUAUUCUAACCAGCAAUUCCAGCCAGUCAUGGCCAACUAGAAAACAAAGAUCCCCACAAAAAAAAAGAAAAAAAAAAAGACCAGAAAUAUGGUAGAGCAUUGGGUGGGGGCGAGGGCGGGGGGGUGAACGCACAUUUUCAGAAUUUGACAAUUAAACAAACAAACAAAAAAAAAAAAAGAAAAAGAGAAAAAAAAAAGACAGAUAAUGUCAGCAGAAAAGUCUUGGUGGAGAAGUUAAAUGAGCAUGGGCCCGAGGGAGAACGACUUUACCCCCUUGAGUUUUUUUUUUUUUCCCUCUUUCUUUCUUUCUUUCUUUCUUUCUUUCUUUCUUUUUUUACUUCUUUUUUUAAAUGAUGAAGCUUGUUGUACAACGUGUCCAAGCUUGGUUACCUAAACUCAACAUGCAUCGUUUUUCUUUUCUUUUCUUUUGCCAACCAAGCACAAAAAUUAUUUUUACUGACUGUUUUACAGUAUAUCUCUAUAAAGAAGAAUACACAAGUCAUGGCCUCUUACAGUAUUUAAGAUAUAGCUGGACAGCCAAUUUUUCAAAGAAUUGGCAGAAAUAUUAAGUGGAAUUUCCUGGUCUUUUUUCUAAUUGUAUAAUUUAAUUUAGUACAGAGUUUGUAAAAUAUCAGAGUAUAUAUUGUUUCUACGACAUGGUAUUGCAUUUAUAUCUUUUUACUACUCCAGUGAUCCGUGAUGGCUGCAGCAGCUUUGUGUUAUAUUUCUUUUUUUUAUUGAAAUUGUAAAAUGAAUCCAUCUUUAAAAACAUCGACUAUUCUAAAGAUUGUGUACAGAAUAUUCCGUAGUGGUGGGAUUUAAGAAUAUUUGCUUUUUGGAAAAAAAACACAUAAGAGUUGUAUUUUCUGUUAAGAGUUAAAAAAAAGAUUUUUGCUAUAUUAUGGACAAAAUGUAAUGGUAUAUUAAUUUUGUACCUACAUUGUGCAAUACUUGAUAAACAAACGGUAUAACAAAGUAUUUGGCGUCAGUGUCUUACACGUUAAGAGGGACUGAUAGUUUAUUAAGUUUGUAUUAAAAUGCUUGAAAAUA